AUGUCUAGCCAAACUGAAUUUGCUAGUCAGCUCACUCAAGAGGAUAAUCUCCCUCCUACUCCACAGUUUCAUCAGAAUACAACAACUGAAUUUGCAAGUCAAGUCACUCAAGAAGAAGCUAUUCUCCCUCCAACUCCACAGGUUCCUAAGACCUCAAUUCCCAAUCCUAAGAAGCCAUCAAAUCCAAAUCAGCAUAUUGCUAUCCAGGAUGGUGCAUUGCAUGAGGCUACACAGGAACAACCUCCAACCAUAUGGGACCAACUUCAGUCCCAACAGGACAAUGAGCCUGGUGGAUCUUCGGCAUAUAACAUGAAGCCCCAGAAAUAUGUCACAUUUUCAGACUUGAAUGCAUGUCUUGCUAAACAAAGUACAAAAAUG